AUGGCGAACGACGACUCGAAGCCCGUGGGUGGCCACGUCGGGGUUGUCGGCACCGGGGCAUUGGGACUUCUCGCAAUAAAGAACCUCAAGGAGCAAGACCUAGAAGUAACCGCGUUUGAGCAAAAUGAUCACCUCGGUGGGCUAUGGCACUUCUCACCCAGACCAGAUCAAGUCACCGCACUUCCAAUGACAUCUUUCAACACCUCAAAACAGAUGGCGCACAUCACAGACUUCCCCUUCGCGGAUGAUGAUGCAACACACCCCACAGCGAAAAGUAUUGAACGAUACCUCGAAGCUUACGCAAAGGAAUUUGACCUUCUGCCUCAUAUCAAGUUCUCCACCAAAGUCAGCAAAGUAGAACGAGAUGAUGUCAACGGGAAAUGGGUCAUACAUACGCAUAACACACUCCCAGGCAUGGAGACUGGCCUUCAGAAGCAUGUGUUCGAUCGAGUUGUGCUGGCCACUGGAAUCGUCAACACUCCAAUGAUGCCAGAUAUCAAAGGCAUUGAAAAGUUCGAGGGAGAGGCCAAGCACUCUAUUGAAUUCAAGGACCCAUACAGAUACUCGGGCAAAAAUGUUUUGCUUAUCGGGAUUGGGGCUACAAGUGCUGACACGCAGUCGUUUCUCAAGAAGGCAAACGCUCGCUCAAUCACAAUCAGUCAUCGUCAGCAGUUCUAUCUGGUCCCAAAAAUGGUCCGGGGUAACGCUUUUGACCACAGCAUGACGCGCCGUGCCCUCACAAUCUUCCGAAGUCUAGGUGAUUGGUGGCCUAGGGCUUGCGCCAUGUUCUUCACAAACGCUUUGGAUAGCGCCCGAAGGAAAGCAUAUCCCUGGCUCAGCAAACAUCCGUCGUUUGUGGCUCCCCGGGUUCUCGCAAGCGCAGAGCAUCGGAUUCCGGUUCUAUCAAAUGACCUCGCUGAGAACUUGAGGGACGGUAUCACUCGUACUGUUCCUGGGGUGAAGGGAGUUACUGGGCCCAAGUCGGUCACUUUCACAGAUGGUACAGUUCUAGACGAUAUUGAUGCCAUAAUCAUCUGCACGGGAUAUGAGUACGAUUUCUCGGUCAUCAAAGGCCCGGGUGACCCUACCGACCCUGCAAAAGCUCCCGAUCAUUUUGAGCGCAUCAACGCAACUCGAUUCAAGGACCCUCAUGUCCAAUUCGCUCGCUUGUAUCGAGGGUUUCUGUCAGAGGAGUAUCCUGAAUCACUUGCGUUCAUCGGCCACUUCUUCAUCCUGAAGGCGCCAUUUGUGUUCAAUGACCUCGUCACGAUGGCGCUCGCUAGCCUCUGGAGCGGAAAAGUCCCUCUUCCCUCCCCCGACUUGAUGACAAAAGACAUCAACAGACACUACGACACCGUUGUGGAUACCCUUGGACGCGGGCCGCUACCCCACCUGGGGUUUAGGAUGUUCGGCAGCGACACCUACACAUGGUUGAACAAAGUUGCAGGAACCGGGGUAACGGAGAGGGUUGGCUGUUUCAGUAUGGAGGCUUGGAAGCUUUGGUGGAGCGACCGAAAGUUCUACAACUUGCUCAUGGACGGUGCCGAUUCACCGGCGGUCUACCGGCUUUUCGAGACGGGGCGGGGCCGGAAGGCUUGGCUGGGGGCCCGCGAUCAAAUUCUGAAGGCGAACAGGGAGGUGAAGGAAAUGGGCGAGGAGUGGAGGAGGAACAACAAUGCAAAGUCAAAGUGA